UAGGGAGUGAAAACAGUUAGUUAAGGGGUUCGUAAGGUGUCGAGAGCCAUUUUAGGGGAGCUCGUAAAAGUUAAAACCCAUAAUCUCGCCUUCACUCUCAGUUCACGCCACCAUCUUUCUCUCUCCUCAACAAUGGCGGUCAAAACCGAAGACCUCCACCAAUCACCACCAACCACCAUUAACAACCCUAUCUCCAACAAUGGCGAAGUCGACGACGAACCAGAAUCUGAAGAAGACGACAUCGAUGAAGAAGAAGAAGAUGAUGAAGAUGAAGACGAAGAAGAAUCUCCAGCAAUGGCGGAAUCAAAUUUCGGUUCAGUUAGGGCAAAAAUGUCGAAGCUCGCUAAUCGAUUGAAGUCCGAACCAGUUAACCUAAGAGUUCACGAUGUGAUAAUUAAGGGGAAUAUUAAAACGAAGGAUUCUGUAAUUGAAGCAGAGAUUAUGGAUGACCUAAAACGAGCUUCUACUCUUCAAGAGAUUUUUCAAGCUGCUGCAAUUGCUAAUGUGAAGCUUCGACAGCUUGAUAUUUUUGAUUCCGUUAAUUUUACGCUUGAUUCUGGUCCAAUGGAGUUGCCUGGUACUGCUAAUGUUGUUGUUGAAGUUGUGGAGGCGAAAAGCCCUCUCACUGGUGAAAUUGGCGUGUUUACUAAGCCUGGGGCUAGAUCUUGGUCUCUUGAAGGAGGUUUGAAGCUGAAAAAUCUGCUUGGUUAUGCUGAUGUUUGGGAUGGAUCUGUAUCUUAUGGAUGGGACCAGACAACAGAGGUUAGUACUGGUGUUUCACUCCCCAGAAUCAGACAUUGGCCCUCUCCCGUUUUUGCACGAGCAUCUCUACUCUCUCAAGACUGGCUAAAGUUUUCCUCAUACAAAGAACAAGCAGUGGGGUUUGGUCUUGGUCUAAUAUCAACAAGGAAUCAUGAAAUGGUAUACAAUUUGACAUGGCGCACCUUGACAGAUCCAUCACAUAUGGCGGGCGAAUCAGUGAGGAGACAGCUCGGACAUAGUUUAUUGUCCUCGUUGAAGUACACAUAUAAAGUUGAUAAGAGGAAUUCACCUUUGAGGCCUACUCAGGGAUAUGCUUAUAGUUUUACUACCUUAUUAGCUGGCCUUAAUCCUGAUAGUCGGAGUGCACGCUUUCUGCGGCAGGAGUGUGAUUUCCGUUAUGCACUGCCAUUGGGAUUUUAUCGUGCAGCACUUAAUCUGGGGGUCUCUGCUGGUCUCCUUUUUCCAUGGGGGAGGGGCUUUUUGGAUAGACCGUCGUCUCUGCCUGAUAGAUUCUUCAUGGGUGGUAAUACUUCACCAGUUUGUGCAUUGGGAGGGCCCAGUUCAGUGUUGGGUUUUAAGUGCCGAGGACUUGGACCUACUGAACCACGGAGACAAACUAGAGAUAAACCUGAUGAUGAUUCCACUGCUGGUCCUGAGAGGGAUGCUGUAGGUGGAGAUCUUGCUGUUUCUGCAUUUGCAGACCUUUCAUUUGAUCUUCCACUCAGGGUUCUCAAGGAUGCCGGGAUCCAUGGUCAUAUCUUUGCGUCCACUGGCAACCUUGUCAAAUUAACAGAAAACGAAUGGCGCAAAUUUUCCACCAAGAAUUUCAUGCAGUCAUUUCGAAGUACUGUUGGAUGUGGCAUCAUUGUUCCAACAAACCUAUUCCGGAUGGAGGUUAAUUAUUGUCACAUUGUGAGGCAAUUCGACCAUGAUCAUGGAAAAACUGGUGUCCAGUUCAGCUUUUCUUCACCAUUGUGAACAUUGGGAAGAAGUUAAGAUUCUUUUGCUAUUUCAGUAAUGUACACACCUCCCAACACUUUUCUGUUCUCUUCUGUGAUUUUGACGCUAAAGAGCAAUGCCUUUUGAUAGGAAACAAAGUCAAGUGCUUUCCCUAGGAAAGGGAAACGAGAGUAUUUGGUGCAUUGUGUCCGAGACUAAUCCUUGAAUAAAGAUUAUGCGGAAGUUUCUCUUGCAGCUUUUGAUUAGGGUGUUCCUACUAAAAUCAAGUGUUUAACUUUAUGAAACAGAUAAUAUAUCCAACGGAGAAUUAGACUGAUUUUUUCUUUGCCCCGGAUCCUAAUAUCGGAAGGCUCCUCUAUUUAAUUAGAAAUGACUUCCUGCUGUAGAAUUGUGGUUUAUUGGCUUAGAGUUGGCAGAUCUUUCAAUUUGUUGUCAAUAUGUUCAGUCUAAAUCCGUUUUUACCGGUUGUUCCGUAACUUUAACUUCGAUUUUGUUGUCAA